UGGGUCUCGCCGAUAUGCCGAUGGAAAUCAUCCUGCACAUAAUGAGCUUUGCGCGGUGGAACAAGCAUCGCCCUGAUUAUCGGAGCAUCAAGGUAUGGGACGUAAACCGUUGCUCAAAAGGGGACUCGCUGAGUGCAUUUCCCUAAAAUCUCGCGAUGUGGCCCCUUGCAUGUUGGCGUAUGUGCAAUAUAGUUGUGGUCGCUUACCUGCAAGUCUCUCUCGUCUUGUGCUCAAGUGAUACUUUUCUCGCAUGUGAUCAUUCGCCGUAUCAAAACCAUACGGGCGUUGAAGCGCGUGGUGACUGGGAAUGGAAAGAGUGCUGGAUACUUCAAGGACCGAGUCAGAGUGUUAGAAAUCUAUGCUAAAGACGAGUUGGGCGCGGAUGCCAUUCACUUACACGACAUCGCUCAAUUACUUCCAUUGUGAGUGAUUGGUGAAUUCCCAUCCUCACACUUCAAGCUGGCUUUAAUCUAGUGCUCUUCCUUGGAUGAUUAGGCUAACCCACCUUCGGCAUGUUGCCCUGGACCUUGAUCGGUUCUACGCAUUUUUGCCCGUCUCGCUGCCCCUGCUUCGGCAUACCAGCGAGACCCUCACUUCUCUCACCGUGAAACCCUCUUGCGGCUGGACACUUCUGCAGAUCCUCGAGCGUUUCCCAUCCGUCCGACGCAUUCAUUAUGUCGAUCAAUUCCCAAAUAGCUCAUCUCUUCUGAAUUACCGUCCUCCCUGUCCAGUCGCUUUUGAGCAAAUCAUCUUCACCUCCGUUUCACGCCAUGGAUUCAGACCUCUUCAUUGGCUCGUUUCCAAUCCAGACCUGAAACUGGAGCUACUCGAAAUUGGAAGCACCUUGCCCGAUGGCGUGUUUUUUGAUUUGAUCAUAUCCAAAGUUGGUCCGCACCUCCGGCGACUGCACUUAUACGAAAUAAACGACUCUUGCAUCAUGUAUCUAAACAAGUGCGAGGUUCUCGAAGAGCUCGUCGCAGGCUGUUCCACUCCCGAGUACGACUGGAUUCCUCUCCUGCAAAUCCUGCGAUCGGUCCCCGUCCGACGGUUGAAGCUUGUCGGCCAGUCUAUCUUCCCACUAGAUGAUUCUUUCCCAGGCAUUUUUGAAAUGCUCAAGAAUCUCCCUUGUAUUGAUAUGGUGACCUUUGCUGGUGACGACAACCUCUCAUGUGCGUUUGAAACGCCGGAGAUGGAGCGCCAUUGGGUAAAAAUGUGCCGAGCAGCUGGAAUUGAACUGAAUCUUUGGCACAUCCGGGAUUGUCACGAGAAGCAGUACUGCAUGGAGAGUGAGGAAGUUGGUACAUCAUGGGGAAUGAUCCGCCCCAGCUUCGGCACACUCACUGCUCCCCAGUGGUAGGGGCAUGCGUCCCGCACGGUAGGAUAUAAAACUAAACAUUUCUGACUUCGUGUUGUGUCUAGAUGCGGCGCACCAUCGAUCUUCCGAGAUCUUUCAUUACUCAUCUUAUCCUUGCAUAAAGCUUUGUAACACCUUGUUUCUUCCACUUCACUUCAUUCCACACGUGUAUGUGUAAUAUUGUACACCCCUUCUCCCUCGUGUUGUUCUUUCGUAUAAUUUCC